CCAUCCAUCCAUCCAUCUCCAGCACCACCUCUCUCCUUGCUGCACCCUUGCUGCCGUUCUUCCCCAACCUCUGCUGCUUCUCUCCUCCGAUCUGAACUCUUGUGCUAUUCCCUGUGAUCCUUGCUGCUCCUCCUCCUUCUCAAUCUCUGCUGCUUCUUCUCCAAGACCCCAAGCCGCUGCUCUCUUCUUCCCUCGCCUCAAACUGCUGCUGCUCUCUUCUUCCCUCGCCUCAAACUGCUCCUGCUCUCUUCUCCCCUGCGCCUCCACACUGCUGCUACUACUUUCCUUUGCUGCUGUCCCAUCUCCCCAUGCGCCUCUGCUUCUUCUUCUUCCCAAACCUUGCUGCUGCCGCUCUCUUCUCCUACGUCACUGCUGCUGCUCUUCUUUUCUUUCCCCUACUGCUGCCCUUCUUCUCCCUCAACCUCCUGCUGUUGCCUUCUCUCUCUCUAAAAUUUUGGUAGUAUUGCGAGAUGUUUAAGACUUUAAUCAGUUUAGAGGAUUACCCAAUGAAGACCCUCAUGAGCACAUUAGUAAUGUUUUGGAGUAUGCCAAUACAGUCCAGUACCAUGGCGUUUCCCAAGAUGCUAUCAAGUGUAUGUUGUUCACAUUCUCUCUCAAAGAUGCUGCUAAGGACUGGUACUAUUCUUUGCCAUCAAGAUCAUACACUUGGGGUGAUAUUUCGCAAGCUUUCCUGCAUAGAUAUUUUCCACUUUACAAGCAAGCUGCAAUUCGUGACCAGAUCCUUAGUUUUGUGCAAGAUGGAAGUGAGAGCUUGUAUGCAGCUUGGGAUAGAUAUAAGUAUUUGCUUAGAAAAUGUCCUAAUCAUGGGCAAAAGGAUUGGUUAGUGCUUCAGAUAUUCUAUAGAGGGCUGACACAUGCUUCAAGAGAUCUUAUUGAUAUGUCAGCUGGUGGAACAAUCACGAACAAGACCGUUGAGGGUGCAGUUAUUCUCAUUGAGAGCAUUGCCUUCCACCAAAUGCAAUGGGGUUAUGAAAGGCCUAGUUGAAAUCCGAAGGUUGCAAGUUGUGUGCAAUCAGAAGCUGUGUGUUCCAUAACUGAACAGAAAUCAUCCAUGGUACCUAAUAUUCAAAACCAGCAUGUUUCAUUCCAGGGACAACAACAUUUCAGAACUGAAUUAGAGCCUCCAUAUAGAAACAUUAAUCUUACUUCAAUUAUCCUUGAUAAUGAUUAUGAUAUUUUCCAAGAUGAUGCAACCACUGUAGAUCAGAUGGAUACCACAGUAGCAGAUCCAAUACCUCAUGGUAAUGAAACUGUUCAGAAUGAGUCAAAGUUACAAGAAGAGGUUUAUGAGGAACCUACUCUGAUUGAUGCUAAGUUGAGACAGCAAGAUAUGAAGAAAUUCACUUGUGUUAGUCAGCUAUCUGACUGGUGGAAUUUAGUCGUGUCACCAAUUGCCCACACUUGUGUUACAACUGUAUCUAGACUAUUUGUCAAGAAGAAAUCAUUAGCUCCACCAAAUCAUGCACAUACAAUUAAAGAGAGUAUCUCAGAGAAGAAUAGUGAAGAUGAGAUUCCAACUCCUGCACAUACAAUUAAGCAAGUCGGAGACAAUCCAAGGAGAGAGAUACAAGAGGUUGAGUCAAAUUUAGAAGAGCUGAUACUUCAAUAUCCUGAGAAGAUCCCAUGUGUUGCUGAGCUGCAUGACUGGUGGAAGUCAUCAGUGUCACUGUUGAAACUUAGCAAUGAUGGUGAUGAGGAGAACAUUGCUCAGAAAGACAGCGAGGUAGUGAUCUCAGCACCCCUACCAGAUCAUGUUAGUGAAUAUUCACAGAUGGGGACACUUCAGACACAAUUAAGUGUUGCUGGUAGUAGCACCAUAGAAGAUCCAAAGGAAGAGAGACCUCAAAUUGAAGAUGUACUCGAAGCCAAGGCACAUGAUGAUCCAGAGCUCGAACAACCAAGUAAUCAAGUUGCAGACUCAUCAUCUACUACUCUUGAAGAAGCAAAGGAAGCUGCUGUAGAUGAACUUGAAGAACCAGAAAUUCAUUUGCCUAUUGUCACACAAGAGCGUGAUGUAGUAGGUUUAUGUAAUCCUCUUGAUGACAUGAGUCCAUAUGAAUUGUUUGCUACUACCUUGCAUUGCAUGAUGCCAUCUGUUAAAGUAGAUUUGAAAACGUAUUUGCUUGGAUAUGAUCAUAUAUACCUUGUUAGUGGCAUUACUCACAUUAGGGAUGAUCAUAGUUACUUUCAUCAUGCUAGACCUAUGCUUAAUGAAACAUAUCAUUCUCAUACUAGUCUUGAGCUUAAUGAUAAAUGCCAUCCUCAUGUUAGUGUUGACCUUGCUGAUUUCUAUCACCCUAAACAUGUGCUUUAUAGCUAUGCUUAUGUAAUUGGACACUCGAUUGAUGACUUCGAGGGUAUUAUCCCUACCACUCGCAUUGUCUCUUUUGUUGAGUGCCUUUUCAGGUUUUUGCUUCUGCACCGUUCACUUCAUGCUGACCAGGUUUGAGGUGACAUUCCUUGGGACCCUGGUG